AUGGAGAGCGCAAACAACAGCACCUACCCAGACAUCACAGACUGGGACAAUCAAACAGAAUUGGUGCCCGAAGUUGCGUUAAGCUAUCAAAUUGUCACCUCGUCACUUCUCGGACUUUUAAUUUUAUGCUCCAUUUUCGGCAACUCCUGUGUCAUCGCGGCUAUCGCCAUCGAGAGGUCUCUCCAAAAUGUUGCCAACUACCUAAUCGGCUCUCUGGCCGUCACGGACUUGAUGGUGUCGGUGUUGGUUCUACCCAUGGCGGCUCUGUAUCAGGUGCUGAACAAAUGGACACUCGGUCAAGAGAUUUGCGACAUUUUCAUCUCCCUAGACGUGCUGUGUUGCACCUCGUCCAUUCUCCAUCUGUGCGCAAUAGCGCUUGACAGGUACUGGGCGAUCACGGACCCCAUAGACUACGUGAAUAAAAGAACACCGCGGAGAGCGGCGAUACUCAUCAGUCUAACGUGGCUGAUUGGCUUUUCUGUUUCGAUACCACCUAUGCUGGGAUGGAGAAAGGCCGAAGAUCGCGCGGACCCCGACGCUUGCACCAUCAGCCAAGACCCGGGAUACACCAUCUACUCUACUUUUGGCGCGUUUUACAUCCCGCUCAUUGUCAUGCUGGUCCUCUACGGGAAGAUCUUCAAAGCGGCCAGAUUCAGAAUACGAAAGACGGUGAAGAAACCCCAGAAGGAGAAAUCGUCAGAUAAGUGUUUCCCCGUGUCGCCUGCGAUUUUCCACCGGAAACCUACCGAAGUGACUUACAAUAACUGGAAGGAGGGCGCGGAGAGCCCAGGUGCCUCGUGCGUAAACGGCGGCGCCCUGCACAGCCGAGAGACCAGCGGAGAGUCGCUGGAGUUGGUGGCGAGCAACUCCAAAUGUCACCUUCCCCUUCCUAACACCCCGCAGUCGGUGCUGGAUUCCGAGAGGCGAAAUGCCAAGAACAUUGAAGCGAAAAGGAAAAUGGCACUGGCGAGAGAGCGCAAAACGGUCAAAACGCUGGGAAUCAUUAUGGGCACUUUCAUCUUUUGCUGGUUACCGUUUUUCAUCGUGGCUCUGGUUCUACCUUUCUGUAAACUGAACUGCUUUAUGCCAGAUUGGUUAGGGGCGGUCAUCAACUGGCUUGGCUACUCCAAUUCUCUCCUGAACCCUAUUAUUUACGCCUACUUCAACAGAGACUUUCAAAACGCCUUCAAGAAAAUAUUUAAGUGCAAAAAUCUCAGACCAAUGAAUUGUUGA